AGUCACGUUGGAUGUGGGAGUGAGUAAAGCUAACUCAAGACGAUGGCAGGCAUGGCAUUGCAGUUACUGGGCUUCUUCAUAUCCCUGAUUGGUUUCAUUGGGACGAUUAUUGCCACCGUACUCCCUCACUGGUGGAGAACCGCUCAUGUCGGCACCAAUAUCAUUACGGCCGUGGAAUACAUGAAGGGACUUUGGAUGGAAUGUGUAUGGCACACCACUGGAAUCUACCAGUGUCAAGUCCAUCAAUCUCAGCUAGCACUUCCUCGCAAUCUUCAGAUCGCACGAGGUAUGAUGGUGACAUCUUGUGUCCUUUCAGUCCUGGCAUGCGUUGUCUCUGUUUUUGGCAUGAACUGCACCCAAUGUGCCAAAGGGUCUUCAGCGAAGAAGAUGAUUGUCAUCCUUGGUGGGGUGGCCUUUCUCUUUGCUGGUCUUACAUGUCUCAUUCCAGUAGCAUGGUCGACCAAUGAUGUUGUCCAAGACUUUUAUAACCCAGCACUACCUUACGGGAUGAAGUUUGAGAUUGGCCAAGCUCUCUAUGUUGGCUUCAUCUCAGCAGGGUUGACAAUAAUUGGUGGAAUUGUUCUUCUCUUUACGGCAUGCCAGAAGGACAUUCCUCAAGUAGCCUACAUCCACCCUUCACGCAACCUGAGGAGGGUGCCAAUGAGCAGGCCGACGCGAGUCUAUAAAAGUAGCCAUACACCGACUUGGUCAUCUGCAUCACGCCAGGGUUAUCAGAUUAAUGACUUUGUCUGACUGGAGCAGAAUCACUUGAUCCAUUUCCAUUUCAGGACGUUUUUGAAUUUGUUCUUAUAUCCUUGCAAUGUUUACUGUAUUUCUAGAACAACUAGAUGGAAUCUGAGAAAUGGAAGGACUUGUAUAUAUGUAGUAUUGUGCCAUGUUUUAUAAUAAUUUAUUCCACUGAA